GAAGUGACACUAGAUGCAGAAGAGUUUUGUGGGUUUGUACUGAAGGUUUAAUGUACACAGGUUGUUUUAGGGCUUGAUACCGUGACUAUUUCCUGUAAGUGAACUCUGUGCUGAUACAGGGUUUGAUUUAACACACCAAUGUUGGAGUGAAGUAAACGUGUGUCCUGCUGUAAUCUGGAGAAGGAGACAUGACCUCCAACAUGAGUGUGUCUGGAAAACAGGACUUAAAGAAAGACGAGAGAAUGAUGGAGGGAAAGAGAUCAGACUCACCAGAACCCAGCUGUGUGUCCAUGAAGAGUGACGCGUCAAUGGGAGAUCCAAUUGCCUUCAGAGACAGAGACAGUUCUACUGAUGUGAGAGCGCAAAAGAAGAAAUCAAACAUCAGCAGAAAUUGGUUGGAGUCCAUAUUCAUGGAGCUGGAACACAAAGUCAUCACUCUGAUAAAGAAUGAGCUAAAGAGGUUUAGCAAGCUCCUGAGUCCAGAUUACCCAGCAUGCACUGAGAGGGAGAUGGAGGAUGAGGAGGAUCUGCACAGUGUCAGAGAGGGAGCGCUGAAGAUCACACUGCAUGUCCUGAAGAACAUGAACCACACAGAUCUCGCUAACACACUGCACAACAAGUCUGUGGCCUCUGUGUAUCAGUCAAAGUUGAAAUCCGACCUGAGAGAGAAGUCUAAAAGAAUUAAUGAAGGAAUCUCACAGCAUGGAAGCUCAGCGCUUCUGAAUGAGAUCUACACAGAGCUCUACAUCACAGAAGGUUGGAGUGGAGACGUCAAUAAUGAACAUGAGGUGAGACAGAUUGAGACAGCGUCCAGGAGACCAGAAACACAGGAGACACCCAUCAAAUGUAAUGACCUCUUUAAAGACAAGUCCAUCAGAAGUGUGCUGACUAAAGGAGUUGCUGGAAUUGGAAAAACAGUCUCUGUGCAGAAGUUCAUUCUGGACUGGGCUGAAGGAAAAGCAAAUCAGGACGUCACCUUCAUGUUUCCACUUCCCUUUAGAGAGCUGAAUUUGAUGAAGCAGCAAAAUCUCAGUCUGAUGAAGCUUCUUCAUCACUUUUUCCCAGAAAUGAAAAAACUAGAAUUAAUAGACUGCGACUCCUACAAAGUGGUGUUGAUCUUUGAUGGUCUGGAUGAGUGUCAACUUUCUCUAAAUUUCCAGAACAAUGAGAGAUUGUGUGAUGUGACCGAGCCAGCCUCAGUGGAUGUGCUGCUGACAAACCUCAUCAAGGGGAAUCUGCUUCCCUCUGCUCUCCUCUGGAUAACUUCUCGACCAGGAGCAGCCAAUCAGAUCCCUCCUGAGUGCGUAGACCAGGUAACAGAGAUACGAGGCUUCAGUGAUCCUCAGAAAGAGGAGUACUUCAGGAAGAGGAUCAGUGAUCAGAGCCUGGCCAAUAAAAUCAUCACACACAUGAAGUCUUCAAAAAGCCUCUACAUCAUGUGCCACAUCCCAGUCUUCUGCUGGAUUUCAGCCACUGUUCUAGAGAGAAUGUUGGUUGAAGCAGAGAGUGGAGAGAUCCCCAAGACUCUGACUCAAAUGUUCACACACUUCCUGAUCUUUCAGAUCAAACACAAGGACCAAAAGUACCAUCACAAAUGUGACCCUGAUCCUCAGCAGAUCAGAGAGAGUAUCCUGGCACUGGGAAAACUGGCUUUCCAACAGCUGGAGAAAGGAAACCUGAUCUUCUAUGAGGAAGACCUGAGAGAGUGUGGCAUUGAUGUCAGAGAAGUGUCAGUGUACUCAGGAGUGUGCACCCAAAUCUUCAGAGAGGAGUUUGGGCUUCACCUGGGGAAGGUGUUCAGCUUUGUGCAUCUGAGUGUUCAGGAGUUUCUGGCUGCUUUAUAUGUAUUUUUGUCUUUCAUCUUUAAAAAGAAAAAUGUGUUAAUGGAGCAAAGCCCUAGCAUUCUGCAUCUCUACAAAAAGUCAAACAUGUCUGUUUUCCUCAGGAGUGCAGUGAACAAGGCCUUACAGAGUGAGAAUGGACACCUGGACCUGUUCCUCCGCUUUCUUUUGGGUCUCUCACUGGAGUCCAAUCAGACUCUCUUACAAGGCUUAAUCCCACAGACAGGAAGCAGCUCUCACAGCAAACAGGAAACAGUCAAGUAUAUCAAGAAGAAGAUCAGGGAGAAUCCAUCUCCAGAGAAAUCCAUCAAUCUGUUCCACUGUCUGAAUGAACUGAAUGAUCAUUCUCUAGUGCAGGAAGUACAAACUUACCUGAACAGAGGAGAUUACAGACGUCUCAGUGGAACCAGCUUCUCUCCUGCUCAGUGGUCAGCUCUGGUGUUUGUGUUACUGAACUCAGAACAGGAGCUGGAUGAGUUUAUUUUGAGGAAAUAUGAGCCAUCAGAGGAAUGUCUUCUGAGGCUGCUGCCAGUGGUCAAAGCCUCCAGAAAAGCUGUGCUGCGUGAGUGUAAUCUGACAGAGGAAAGCUGUAGAGUUCUGUCCUCAGUUCUCAGCUCAAACUCCUCCAGUCUGAGAGAACUGGACCUGAGUAUCAAUAAACUGCAGGAUUCAGGAGUGAAGCUGCUCUCUGCUGGUCUGGAGAAUCCAUACUGUACACUGAAGAUACUGAGGCUGCGUGAGUGUAAUCUGACAGAGGAAAGCUGUAGAGUUCUGUCCUCAGUUCUCAGCUCAAACUCCUCCAGUCUGAGAGAACUGGACCUGAGUAUCAAUAAACUGCAGGAUUCAGGAGUGAAGCUGCUCUCUGCUGGACUGGAGAAUCCACACUGUACACUGGAGAUACUGAGUCUGUGGAAGUGUAAUCUGACAGAGGAAAGCUGCAGAGUUCUGUCCUCAGUUCUCAGCUCAAACUCCUCCAGUCUGAGAGAACUGGACCUGAGUAACAAUAACUUGCAGGAUUCAGGAAUGAAGCUGCUCUCUGCUGGACUGGAGAAUCCACACUGUACACUGGAGACACUGUGGCUGUGUGAGUGUAAUCUGACAGAGGAAAGCUGUAGAGUUCUGUCCUCAGUUCUCAGCUCAAACUCCUCCAGUCUGAGAGAACUGAACCUGAGUGUCAAUAAACUGCAGGAUUCAGGAGUGAAGCUGCUCUCUGCUGGACUGGAGAAUCCACACUGUACACUGGAGAUACUGAGGCUGCGUGAGUGUAAUAUGACAGAGGAAAGCUGUAGAGUUCUGUCCUCAGUUCUCAGCUCAAACUCCUCCAGUCUGAGAGAACUGAACCUGAGUGGAAAUGAACUGCAGGAUUCAGGAGUGAAGCUGCUCUCUGCUGGACUGGAGAAUCCACACUGUACACUGGAGAUACUGUGGAUGUGUAACUGCAGUAUUACAGAUGAAGGUUGUGCUGCUCUGGCUUCAGCUCUGAGGUCAAACUCCUCAUCACACCUGAGAGAACUGGAUCUGUACGGUAAUAAUCCAGGAGAAUCAGGAGAGAAGCUGCUGUCUGAUCUACUGAAGGAUCCACACUAUAAACUGGAGACACUACACAUUGAGAUGUAUUAACUCACUGGGACUGGUGUAUGACAGGAGUCUCACCUCAAACCUCUUUUCCAGGAUAAAGCAGUUUUGGUGAAGCGUUAGAACCCGUCCCACAUUUCCAGCAGUUUGGGAGCUGAAUCAUUCAUAUUCAGAUGUAGAAGUUCCAUAACAAUAACCGUGACUGAUCACAUCCUUUUAUCCACUCAGCUACAAGUUACUUCAGGCUUUAAUAAUGUAUUUUACAAUCCAAAGUCACAUCCUUCAUUGUCUACACACAACACAGAGAUAUCAUCACAUCAUCACACUGAUUACACAAAUACACAUCCAUGUGUUGUAGUUAUUUUUACCUCCUUAUUUUUAUCUAUUUACUCAGUAUCUGUUUCUGCACAACAUGGCUUUAUUCAACUUCUGUUCCUUGUUUGCUAAUGUGUUUUUUAAAGGUAAAUUCUGGCAAAAAAAAAACAAACAAACUAGAAUUUAAUAUAUUAUUUGUCAUGGUAUGUAGUAUUAUGUUGCAUGGGAUUGUAUUGCUUACUGUCUGUGUUUUAGCAGAAUUCAAGUAAAACAAAGUAAUCAUGCUAGCAUUACGGUAGUUAAAUGUGUUGUUGCUAACUUCAUUUAUUUGACUCAGUUUAAUUUUGAAAGAUGUACAGUUACUCCCUGCUUGCCUCGUGUUUCUCUUCUUGCUGGCACAGUUCUAAAAUUUAAAUAAAAUUAAAUUUAAUUGAAAAUAUUCUGGACAUGUAUGUAACACUGUGCAACUAACUCAAAAUCCCUAUCUGUUGAGUCAGUUCUUUCACGUAAGUA